GCAACUUAAAACGAUACAAUCAAAAUGAAGUAGAUUGUUUGGCUAUGUAGUAGUAUAUAAUAAACACAAAAUGGCUUCAGCGCUUUGUUCAUCAAGAGCUAUAUCAACUCUCUAUUCAUCGACGAUACGGCGACGUUUACCUCUAGUCGGUGCGUUUUGCGUGUUGAGCCUGGGCAUUUCUAAUCUCUGUCCCACUCUCUCUUCUUCUCUCAAACCGGGUUUUGCUCAAUCUCUCCCCUUUGUUCCUCUACUAAGAUCAAAAUUCAGUAUCACCCAAUCACAAGCUAGCGGUAGUAUCAGAAUGGAAGGAGGAAGUGAUAGUAGCAGCAGCAACACUGUACCCAGUAUUGUUGUUUAUGUUACGGUGCCUAAUAGAGAUGCUGGUAAGAAGUUGGCUCAAAGCAUUGUCAAAGAAAAGCUAGCAGCUUGUGUGAAUAUAGUUCCAGGAGUUGAAUCAGUGUAUCAGUGGCAAGGAGAGAUCCAGACAGAUUCAGAGGAACUCCUUAUAAUCAAGACCAGGCAAUCUUUGUUGGAAGCACUGACAGAGCAUGUUAAGGCAAAUCAUGAAUAUGAUGUUCCAGAAGUAAUCUCGCUGCCCAUAACCGGUGGCAGCAUUCCAUACUUAGAAUGGCUCAAGAACAGCACAAGGGAUUGAUUCUCCACUAUAUAUUGUAGAACUUUGAGCAAAAAAAUUAGCACUUGAGCAAAUCUGUGAGUCUCGUUGCUGGGUUGUAUAUGCAAAUUCUCCUUGCUGGUGCAUUUGAUCAAUGUAAAGUGACAUUUUUUGUGGAGACCUAACUAAAAGUAUGUCAAGAAUUGCUGUUGGCCUUUGUGCUGGCAAUUCUGUGAGAAUGGAUGGUUUGUUAUGGUUAAGGUGGUCAUUUUCUGAUUUAAUAAAUCCUUAAUAUUUUUUAUUUCUUUA